ACCCCGCACCAGGACCAGUUCCAAAACGAUGCUCGGACGGCUGUGUGUGUGGCUCGGCUUGUUGUUUGAAAUUGUAAAAUCUAAAUUUUAACAUACGGAUACAGCGUUUUGUUUUACGCGUUCGGAAGUACGGCGUCUUUGUGUGUGUGUUGUGCGUGCGUGAAAAUCAUGUGCUGUGCGGUGGUACAGUGAGUCGUGUUGUGUCGUGUGAAAAGUGUGUACCUGCGUAAAAUGAAUCGAUUGAAGCUGAAACCACUGAAGCUUCCUCGGGAAGCGAACCAAACGACCAGCGGCGGACAGCAGCAGUCGGAAGAGGGUCACCAAGGACCUGCAGCGAAGAAAGCCUUUGCCACCGGUGUCACCAGCGGGAGUAGCAUCGGCUCGGCUGGGAGUGCCAGCGCCAGUAAAUCAACGUCCAGCUACGGCAGCCGCAAGGAAUCGUCGGUACGGUUUCGGCUCGAGGACGAGCUGCUCGGCAGUGGCAGCGAGCUCAGCGGAGAAGGCAGUGCCAGCGCGAGCAUAUCGGAAAGCCUCAGCGCGAAUGACAAUCAUGACGACGAUAGUUUAGAGAUUAUGGAAGAAAUAAUAGUGCCGCCGGUAGACAACGACCACGACGACGACGAUGAUGACGAGCAGGCGAAUGUGGCCGAAAUCAGUAGUGCCAGUGUGCCGACCGACGGCAACAGUGACGAUAGUAGUAGCUCCAGGAGUGCGGAAGUGAUUGCGUUGAAUCGUUCGAAGAAGAAAGGUUCGAUUGGUAGUGCCGUUGCCGAUCGGAAGCGACAGUUGUUCGAUAUCGGUGAGGACGAAGACUUUUUGCCCCGCAGUGCGGAACGGCCGCCGAGUGGUGGUAGUGGUAGUGGUUUGUUCGACAUCGAUCGGUUGCAGUUGUCCGGGGACGAAAUUGCACAACAUUUUCAAACGACAGUUGAAAGUGACCGGAGCGAGAAAGAGGACAGCCCGUUCCGUGAUCGUCCGAAAUCGUCCGAAAACGAAGAGUACGAAGAUUCCUUCGGACAGGACGGUGGGGAGGGUGAAAGUUCCGUAGGUGAACGGGCCAGCGGGAAAGGAAAAAGCCCGAAACGUCCAUUGGAGCUAGUGCAAGUGCAUCACGCGAAGGAACUAUCGCCCCUUAAAGAGGACGACGUGCUGAUAAAUGAUAGCAAGGUGAACUUGAACGCACUCAAGCAACGGAACCAGCCUAUCGUGCAAAGGGGUGGAAUAAGGCUAGAAGAAAAGGCUCGAAACCAGAAACCACCGAACGUCAUGGCGGAAGAGAGCAAUAACAACAGUCAGGAUAAUAGUCUGAAUACGACGAACGACAUUUCCGACCUCGCUCCGGACACCGAGAGUGAGCGAGUGGGAAGCGUCGAACUGGACGCGUCCAGCGGUUCGGUGGCACGACAGGGAAAACUUUCCGCCGACUACAGAAGUCGUAGCGUUCCCGAUGGCAUAGGUGCUGGCAAAGGAAGUGGUGCCGCCGGUCCAUCUGGGGCUGGUUUUACGAGCUUAGGGCCGAUGAAGAUGUCGGAGGCGAUGAGCGACCGGCUGUCGAACGAACCGUCCGGCAGUUCGUCUUCCGGUGGGAGCGGCAUAUCGGAAGAUUUACGCGAGCGAAUACUAACCACGAGCAAAUCGUUCGAGGAGGUCAAGGCGCAAGGUGUCGCAGCGAUAGAAGUGCUGGAAGAUAAGACCGAACGACCGGGCGGAGAGCCGGCGAAACCGAUGGAACGUGUGCCGGUCGAUCAAAAGGAAGCGCUGGAAGACAUUUCCGAGGAAUCGGAGCAUACAGUUGGAGGUGGUGGUGGUGGUAACUCAUCGAACACGGACGACGAACAGCAAAGGAUAAUGGGAGUGAAGGUGACGAGCCGGCAGCAGGAGGGCGCUAGUCCCGUGCCUGGGAAUCUCAUCGAACGAGGCAAGGAGAUGCGCUCCAUUCUCGAGGAGAAGCUGCUACAGAAGCAGCACAGUGUGGUUGGCAGCACGAUCUACGAGGAUAAUAAGGAAAAUAUUCCCGAAGGAGGCUCGCUAAAGGCGGGACCGGAAUUCGACAGCGUCAUCAGCCUGAAGAUGUUCCAAACGAUGGAGAACGAGAUACGCAAACUGCACGAAAUCAUCGCCACGAAGGAUGUGCUGUUGAAUGCGUACGGCGGGCGCAAGGAGGGCGGCACGGCACAGGGGAAGGAAACGAACUCGUGCAGUAGCCGUGCGGAAUCGUUGCGCGAGCAGCCACCAUGCCGAUCGCACAACAGUGACUCGAUCAGCAUGGCCACCAACUCGACCGAGUAUCGGCCGGUGGGUGAGCUGGCGGACAUGGCCAGUGCGGAGAAGGAUCUGUACGGGAAAAUAAUGGAGCGCAACCAGUGGAUCGAGCUGCUGGCGGACAAGCUGAAGGAAUCGCUGCAGGAACGCAACCAGCUGCAGUCGGAGGGCGAAAAGCUGGCGGCGGAAGUGACGCAGCUGAAGAAACAGCUAGCCGAAACGGUGGAGAGCAUGAAGCUGAAGGCGCAGAGCAGCAGCUGGGCCGGUGUGCGGCCGCCGGAUCAGGAAAGCACCAGCGGCGGAGGCGGUCAACGCAUCUCGGAAAUAUCGAUCGAUCUCGUGAGCGAAACCGAGGAUGGUGGGCUGUCCGAUUUUCCCGACCUCUAUGACGAUCCACCGCUAGGGGCCACCGAGCGGCUGCUCGAGCCGCCCGGGUGUAGCGAUUUUUCCGAGCUCAACCCAAUGCACAUUCCGCUGAAGAUUUCGAAACAGCUAGAACAGUUCCGCCGCUACCUGGCGCCCGACGAGGUGCGGCUGUUCAACAUGGUCCAGGGGAAGUUUGAUGAUUUUCUUACGCAAGAGCUCGAUAAAGUGCGUGACGGUGGGGAAACGGAAAAUCGCGUGCUACGGGAGCAGCUGCAGAUAGAGCGGGCGGAGAAGGAGCAGGAAGUGAAUCGGCUCAGACAGAUGCUGGGAAGCGUAAAGGCCGGUUCGAUCGAGAUCGUCGCUUUGCGCACCGAGCUGGAGGCACGCCACACGCAAGAGAUGGCCGAUCUGCGCACGUACUUCGAGAAGAAGGUGGUCGACCUGGAGAAACAGUACUCGGAGGAGGUGUUUUCGCAGCAAAGUCGUCGCCUGUCGAACGAUGAUACGGCAUCGGAAAUAUCGGGCGCGGAAGAGUUCCCGGAAGAGAACGGAGGCUACCAGUCGAAGCACACGAGCCCGCGCCGGAAGCACAAGGAGGGCAUCUAUCUGAGCCCAACCCACCGGAAGAUAACGCCAACAACGAUCGAUGCAACGGAUGCGAGCGCGGACGAGGUUCUUGUGGUAGAAAUUAUCGAGGAACAGGAGCACCGUCACUUGUCGGCGGAAGAGGUUCGUGAAUUUUACCAAAGUAAAAUCAAGGAACUGAACGCACAGCACGAACGAGUCUUUGCAAAUCUGCGAGGGAAACUGAAAGCGUACGAAGCCAAAGAGCAGGAGAAACACGUGCUGUCUAAUCAAACGGCAUCCACCUCCUCCGUUGUGAAGGAUCACUGCUCACCAAUGCUAACAAAUGAACCACAACCACCGCCAACACCACCACCACCUAAGCCAUCGGUCGAUCGUCGUCCCCCAUCACCCACCGACACCUCGGACGCGGCAAACAUUCAUGCCGAUGAUGCACCGCUAACUAACCCCUGCUCAUCCGAUACUAACAAGAUUGUGCAGGAGCGGCCCGAACAGGUGCUCGGAUCGAUCCGGCUGCAAACGCCAACGUCUGUGGGAGAGUUGGGAUCGGACAGUGAUCUGCAGGAGAUCAUUGACGGGUACGAGCGACGGCUGCAAGAGCAGGUAGCCCUCGCCCGGCAAGAUGUGUUGAAGGAGCUGGAAGUGCAAAUACAGGCUCUUCUCAGUGACAGCUCUUUCGAGGACAGCCAUUGGCCACCGGAGCUGGUUUUGCUGCGGGAAAAGUUCACGGCCAAGAGCCAGCUGGAAAUCGCUCAACUGCAACUCAAACAUGAAGAAGAGAUGGCCCGAAUGAGGAACGACUUCGAGAAGCAGUUGCAGCGUAAGCUGAAACGCCACACAACCUUUGACUCUAGCCGGGGGCUCGACAAAAUCAUUAGCGAGCGUGAUAACCUGCGCGAGCUCUCGUCGACGCUGCGCAAUGUGGUCGGCGGGCUGGCCAAAUAUUUCUCCAUCUGCGAGGAGGAUCUCAACAGUACGGUGCUGGAGGAGCUGCACCGUUACCAGCAGUUGCAGCAGCAGGCCAAUGAAUCGCAGCAAACGGUUGACUUGGGCAGUGAGGAUGGUCAGACGCACGAACCGUCGGCAGUAGACUGCAGCGCCAACGAAAGUGCACUGAACGUUACGGACGUAUCGUUCCUGGCAUCAUGCAAACUGCUCAAAUUCGCUCCCGACGUGUCCGGUAUCAUAUCCAUCAUUGAGGAUCCAUCGCUGGUCGAGUACGUGUCGGCAAAGGCGCAGCAGCAGCGUGACGACGGCACGGAGCCGGAAAACAUCUCCCUCAACCUGGAAGAGUGUCUGGAACGGUUGCGGGCGGAAGCGCUCAGUCUGCUUGCCCUGUCCGAGCGUAUCAAGCAAAAGUCGUCCAGCGGUACCACCACGAAAGAGGACGAGUCCGAUCGGGUGUCCGAAAAGAAUGACAGCUGCGAGGAGGAAGAUGGUUUGAAACGGCGCGGUAAAGCGCUCGAAAGUGCUCGCUCGUUCGAUGAAAACAUUGGGCGACAACAGGAUGGACCGGACCGACUGAGCGAUGCGAAAUCGAACGGUGCGCAUGGCUGCCGUAGCCUUCCGAUCGAUCUGACCGGAUUGCAGCUAAACGGAGAACUGAACAUGCAGCUGCACGAGCUGAAGAAUCGGCUGCUCAAGUCGGAAGACGAGCGCAAACUGCUCGAAUCGGAGCUGGCCGAAGCGCGCAGCAAGCAGAGCAGUCUCGUGAGCGAGCUGUCCGAAACGAAGCAGCAUCUGCUCGAGCUCAACAGCCAGCGGGUCGAGUUUAGCGAAGGCUACGGGACGAAUGCGCUACUGCCGACGGCGCAGCGUGUGAACAACUCGUUCGUGGAGCUGCAGGAGCGUGCGAAGGUGCUGCUGGGCAGUACCACGGGUGCGGGGGCAGAUCAAACGAUCGAGGACAGUUCGAUGCUGCUGCAGCUGGUGGAAGACUUCUGCCGGGAAGGGGAACGCUACCUGGAGGAUGGCAAGCGCGACCGGAUGGAUUUGCAAUUGCAGAUUGAAGCGGCCGAUAAACAGCUUAAAGCAACGCGACAGUUCCUGGAAGAUCAGGCCGCCGAACGUGAGCAGGAACGUGACGAGUUCGUCAAGGAAAUCGAGCGGCUGAAGGGCGCGAUGCGCGAGAAGGAAAAGGAUAAGGUGAACUUUGAGCGUGCCAGCAAGGAGGAGGGACUAUGCGUGAGCGACUGUAGAUAUGCAAAAGAGUGUCGGGCAAUUGCUGCAAACCUGGAAUCGAUGGAACAGCAGGUGAAGGAGCUUACGACGCAAAUCGCCGAUCGGGAUGACCGGUUGCGAAAGAUGGAAGCCGACCUGAAGGACUCCAUCGAUAAGGGUUUCACGCUGCGUGAAAUUAUCUCCGAGCUAGAGACGCAGAUCGAAAGCAAAACCAUCAACGAGCACGUUCUGGAGACGAAGGUUAAGGAGCUCGAGAAGUACAUCGACGUGCAGAAUCUGCAAAAUGAAUCACUCCACCAUGAGAUGGAAAGCGUGAGGACGGAUUUGGCCGGCCGCGGGUACGACGCCAAGAUUGCCAAGCUGGAGGAGGAGCUGCGGCAGCGCCAACCGUCGGCCGAGCAGAGCAUUGUGCUGGAGGCACUUACCGUGCAGCUGCGCGACAUCGAGGAAACGCUCGACCGGAAGACGAAGAAUCUGGAGACGCUUCAUUCGACGUCGGGCGCUUCGGUGGGAUGCAGCAGCCCUUCGGAGGACGUGUCCGUCAACCAGGACAGUCCGUUGCAUCGGCAGCGCAGGAGUGCCGGUGGGGCUGGUGGGGACGGUGCGGCGGAAGAAGACGGCGGUUCGCCGAAUGGCGGUGGCGAUAAACCGAAAGUAACGCCGCUGCCGGUCGAUGAAGUGCAACGGAUAUUCGAUAAGCUGCAUCGACACUCGCGCGUUGAAGACGUGGCUAUCAAGCGUAUCAACGAUCUGGAGAUGCAAAUUAGCAACAUCAGAGGAGGUUAUGCGGAGCUUCAACACGAACGCGAUGUAUUGCAAGAAAAAAUGUCCGAACAAUCGCUGAAAAUUUCCUCCCUCCAGACAAAGCUGGACGAACAGCGGUUGCGUGCCGAAGAGCUGCACCGCCAAGGAACCUCACAGCUUACCGUCAAGGUGCACGAUCUGCAAAACGAGCUGCACAAUCUGAAGGAAACGCUUCAAACGCGCGACAAACAAAUUGUCAACUUGAAACAGUUCCUCGAGAACAGUCAGCAAGCGAUUGCACGGCAGGAGAAGGAACUGGCCAUGAAUCAGGACGGCGCCGAGCGGAGCCAGCACGAGCAACGGCUCGAGGCGGAACUGAAAGCGAAGGAGGAGGAGAUCCGUGUGCUGAAGGAACGCAUCAAGAACGAGAUGAUCAACAAAGCCGCCCUGCCCGAUCUGAUGGAGACGAUGCUGGCGGACAAGAAUGAAGAGAUCGAUCAGCUGAAAGAGCGGCUGGCACAGAUGAUGGGUAAAGGGGCGGCAGCAAACCCGCGCCACGAUGAGCUGGUAGCUGCUGCUGCCCUGGCCAAAGACGACGACGGUGGACGUACGCUGAGCGAUGUCGUGUCGAUAACCGAUUGCGACGAGUCGGACAUGGUGAUGCGAAGGAUGCCGGAACAGCACACACUGGAAGGUAUACUUCCGGCACACAGCAUUCCAAUGGACUCCGGUACAUCCCUGCUUCCGAACCAUUCCAAACAGUCGUCCGUGCCACUGGGAGGACACAUACUGGGCGGCAGCCAUGAUUCGACGAUGCUGAACUCCAUCCCACUGCGUUCGAACUUUUUCCACGACGUCUGCUCGGUUGUCCCGCGCAUACCGGACCAAACACGCAGCAGUGCACCGACGCCCGAGUGCGUACCGCGGCAAAUAGAUUUUUCGUUGGCCGACGUCGAAGGAACACCCCAUCUUAACGCCCAGCGUCUGUCGGCACCUCCGCAAAUGUUAAUGUUUUUCGGUGCCAGCGCAACAGCCAGCGGUCCGAGAGCGUUAGUUCGCGAGCCAGCCUUCAUCGAGGAGAUUGUUGAAGGGGAAGAAUUGAACGACGCUAUGGUGGCAGCGCAUCCAGCUCAACGGAAAGCACCAAAUGAAGUAAAUUCAAACCCGGAGGGAGAGGUGGAGUCCCUAAAACUAAGCUUGGACCGCGUUGUGACGGAAAAGAACGAACAGAUUGAGGGGUUGAAAGGUGAGCUGCAGGAGAAAAUUGAACGGAUCGAGGAUCUGCAGGUUGAGCUCGCGGCCCGCAACAAGUUGUACGAAGAUCUGAUGCAGGAGCGCAAAGAGCUGCGGGAUGAGGUGGAAAAGGUAAAGCAAGAGCUGGGUCGGCUCGAUCAGCAGGCCCACGAUAUGCAGCAGAAGGAAGCAGAGCUGAGGGUGGCGUUGGAACAGGUCCGGCAGAAAGAGAUCGAACUGGGCGAGGUGAACUCCAGGUACGAGAAGGUACGCACCGAAGCGGAGGACGCCACGAAAGAAGCAAGCGCGCUGCGAGGCGAACAGCAGCGACAAAAGCUGGAGGUCGAUACCCUUCGCCAGCAAGUGGAAUCGCUCAACAAAACCAUCGGCCACAAGGAUGAGCUGAUGUCGAAGCUGGAAAAGGAUCUGCUAAACUAUAGCAAAAACGAGGAGAAGUAUCUCGAGCAGCUGCGAUCGCUCGAUGCGAAAGAGACGGAGCUGAAAAUAAUGCAGGGCAACUACAAGGACCGGCUGCACGAGAUCGAGAUACUGAACGAGGACAAUCGAUUCCUGACGGAGGAUAUCAACCGGCUGAAGAACGAGAUCGCUCGCAGCAACAACUCGCUCAGCUCGAACUCCUCGUACGUGCAGACGCUGAAGCAAAACUGCACCAAACUCGAGGAAGAGCUGCAGGAAACGAAGGUUUUGCUGACGGAGAAGAUGUUGGCCCUCGAGCGUGUAAGAAUCGAUCUAACCGGAUGUCAGCAGGAGAUGGAAGAUUUACGCUCCACGCUGAAGGAAAAAGAGAUGAUCAUACAGCAGAUCGGUGCCGAUGGAAACAGUCUGCACGAGGCGCUCUCUAACAUUCAGGAAAAGAUGCAGGAGAAAAACGUAACGCUCAACGGUAAACUGCGCGAGGAGCAGGAGCGUAAUGCGCAGCUGCAGUCGGAGGUGGAGCGGCUGAAGCAACAGCUGCAGCGCAGCGACAAUUCCUCCAGCCCGAAACCAUUCUCGGUGGAAGAAAUAGCCGAACAGCUCGAACGGGAGCUUAACUACUCGGCCCAGCUGGACUCGAGCAUUUUGAAAGCAAUCGAGAGCGACGAUAUGAACACGGAUGAUGAUCGGCAGGGCAGCAGCUCCGGAGCGGCGGGAAGAAAGCCGGGCCCAUCGCGGAAACCCUCCGAUCUGGACGAGCUAAGACAAAAGCUGCAGCUAGAGAUGGACAAAGGCAAAAAGAUGCAUGAACUGCUGGAAGGAGAGAAGCAAAACUCGGCCGCCAUCCAGCAGCAGGAUGCGGAAAUCAUUGAAGCGAUGCGCAUUCGGCUAGAAGCCGCGCUCGGUAACGAGACCACCCUGCAGCGGCUGUUGGAAGAGGAGCGUACGAAAAACGAGCGCCUGUCGCGGAUGGUCGGCGGACUGCAGCGGACGAAAUCGUUCGACAACUAUCUGCUCAUGAAGGGUGGCAAGGGUUCACCGCAGGAUGGUUCGCCGCAGCGACGCCUGAACCGUAGCAACGAGUUCGAAACGGAGAUGAUGGCCCGGUACGAAAGUGAGCUCAAGUUCCUGACGGCACAGAAUGCGCGCGAGCGCGAACGAACCGCCGAUCUGCAGCGGGUGCUGGAGCGAGAACGCGAACGCUUCGAGCGAGAAAUCACCGAGCGCACCGAGCACGGCGAACAGGUGAAGAAGGAGCUGAAUCGAGUGUUGAAGGAGAAGGAAACGCUCGAGCUGGAGCUGGACCACGAGCAGGAACGGCUCGAACUGGCGCACAAGGAGAUCGAAAGCUUGGAAAAGCGCAUCGGUGCGCUGCAGGAAGCGGAAGCGCUUCGGUCGGCCCGUCGUGAACGAACCUCCGGGCAGAAUUCGCUCGAAUAUCAGGAGCUGAAGCUAAGGCUGGAGAGCGUGGAGUUUGAGCGUAACCAGCUGCGCGAUACGGUACAGAGCCUCCGGUCGGAGGUGGAUCGAAGGCGCGUGCGGGAAGCGCACCUAACGGAAGCGCUUUCGCGCGAAAACUCGCUCAACGCACAAAACCAGCAGCAGCAACAGAUCGUGCCGGAGGAAUUCCUGAACAAGCUGAAGGAUCUGAACCGCAUGCUGGAGUCAAAUGCCCGUGAAAAUCAGCAGCAGGCGGAAUCGCUCCGCUUCAUGAUGGAGGAACGGCGGGCACUGCAGCAGCGCAUCCAGGAGCUGGAACGGUACAACGUGCACGGCAGUGGCGUGGGCCACUAUCACCAACGCGAAGACCUGGAGGAGCGGGCGAACCACCUGUUCGGGAAGUACCUACGCUCGGAGAGCCACCGGAAGGCACUGGUUCACCAGAAGCGCUACCUACAGAUUGUGCUGGCCACGUACGAGGAAAACGAAGCGAAAGCGCUUGCCCUCCUCAACGCCCAGCUACCGCCUGGUCAGAUGGAAGUGCUCGCGCUGGCCAGCGGUCCCCGAUCGCUGGACUCUUCCGGGCAGCCGCGCCGCAAGUCGUUCCGCUCGAUCGUGACCGUCAUUGUGUCGAUCGAGCGGAUGAAGUAUCUCGUGCGCAAAUGGCACGGCGGGCGGCGGGUUUGCGCGAAGGCCAUCUUCUCGCAACCGUUCAGCCCGCGGCGCUCGCAGUCGGCCAGCACGAACGUUUGGGCCCGGUCGCCCGGCUCACACUUUGUCGAGUACGGGACGGGAGGUGGCGGCGCUGGUGGGAUCGUGCGGAUGGAGCGGGCCGAACCGAUACCGCCGCAAGUGUUCAGUGUCUCGGCCGGUGGCGGCGCCUUUGCGAGAACACUAGCCGUGCCGGCUGGAUCGCCAACCUCCUCCUCGCUGCGCAUGUCCGUCGACGUUCUCGAGACGCUCCGGGAGCAUCAGCAUCCGCACCAGCUGCAGCAUCAGCAGCAAGCGCAAUACAAUCGGAAUAUCCAUGGCAAUCGAUAGUGAAGGAUUGAGAAUGGUCACGCGUGUUAGUAGAUAAAUUUACUACCCACAACCAUACCACAACUGCACAAGCCAGACACAUUUCCCACAAGCUUCAACAGAACGAACCUUACGUGUCGACGAUCAGACGAUCAGACGACGUUUGUUAUUAAAAAUUGGUACAAAAAGUAUUAACCUCUCCCAAAAUACUAUCCGGAUCGGUUUGUAGUGGUAAAGGACGAUGAUGAAAAAGUGUGUACAUUUUGACAGCAGCGGUCAUCCAUCCUUUUGGCCAUAGUAGUAGGAAUUUACUUGCAUCGACAAAAAGCACGAAUAAGGUUUUAUAGUGUGUGGAUAUGUGUGUGCGAAUGUUACGUGAGAUUAGAUUCAUUACUUAAAGUGUGACCCCUGUUGGAUAGAGUUUGUUGUUUAAACCAUGUUAAGAAAAUCGCACAGUUGUACUAGUAGUAGUGGUAGGUUUUACGAAAUCGACAGGCAAGAAGUCCGUGCCGGCCUUAACACGUGGUACAAAAUGGAACGUUGGUAGAAAGCAUUGAUCUCCGUCUGAAUUAUUUUGAACUUGUACGUCCUGCUCCUAUGCCCAGCACUGCUCUAUGCUAUACGCCUUUUUGCUUCCGUAUUAACAAGACUUUAACAGUAUUUUGGCAAGUAAAAUUGGUACACCCGGUCGUGUGCAAAGAUUAAACCAAAAAGAAAAAGAAAAAAAUUCAAGAACAAACAGUUUGUACACCGAAAAACAAAACCACUGUAAUCGAUAAAAACACACACAGUGCCUUACAUGGGCAGUUUGCUCUCUGAUCGCUCGGUCGUUUGCCAUUUAACAGGAGGCGAGUGAUUUUCAUCUUUAUCACUUCAUUUUUUAUUACCAUUUUUUCAUCUUCCAUUGUUUCUUAUCGUACUCUAAGGUUGUUCACAAUUAAUCAGCGACUGCCCUUUUGUACACUGUAGGAUGUAGCAAUGCUUGCAAGCGUUUAGUUAAUUGUUUCGUUUUACUUCAGUGUUCCAAUUUUCUAUUGUCGACUAAAAAGAAUCCCAAAAAAACCAAAGGCCAUUGCAUAAUUUACAUCCCAUACAAAGCCAUACAGUCUCUAGCGCGAGGUGGAACAAGAACGCUGUAAUGUUAGGGAACUAUUUAUUAGCUACUUUAUAAUGUUUUGAAUUGACGUACAAUUUUUCUUUACUACUGUGUAGGAUUUUUCUUCUCCCCCAGUAUUUUGUGGUGAGCCUUAGAAAGAGAGAGAGAGAGUUAGCUUUAGGUACUACAUACACACAUUUAGGUAUACGUGCACACCACCAUCACCACUCGACAAGGAGACAGUUUGUAAUAUAUUUCUGAGAAUGUUAAAUGAAAAUCAGUUGUAGCAAUUGUA